ACAUUAAAUUUAAAAAAUAAAAUUCAUAUUACCUUAUGCUAACAUUAGUAUUAUUGCAUGCUAACCAAACCACUAACCACUACCGGAUAUAAUUAAUCAACAUGCCAAGAUUCAUACGAUUUUUUUUAAUAAAAAAAAUAAUUAUGUCAUCUGUCUCACCACCAAUGGUAUAUGAUGAUGUCACUAUCAAUACCUUUAUGAAGCUCAUAGUUGAGAGGUCUCAAUCACAAGUAUAUGCCUUCGAUACUCUUUUCAUCCUUGAAUUCAAGAAAAGUGGGUUUGAAGCAAUUCAUCAACAAAUAACAAUAGAUUUGUUUAAAAAAACACUUCUACUCGCUCCACUCUAUGUUAAUAAUACCCAUUGGACUCUUGUAGCAGUUCAUGUUUCUAACAAAGACAUAACAUUUUAUGACAACAUGAACUGUACCAUAUCUGAAAUGAUAUGGAAAAUACGACAAUUCAUUAUCUUCUGUGAAUUCAAACAAUAUGGUUGUACUUCUAAUUGGCAAAUAUAUAGAGGUGAAACAACUACAUUGAACAACAAUGACGACUGUGGUCCAGGGAUAGUGGAAAUAGCUGAAAGAAUUUCCAGAGGUUAUCCUCCAUUAAUUAAUCUUUCACUUUUAAAAGACUAUAUGAAAAAUCACAAGCAAAUUUUAGAAGAAAACUUCUUACAUAUAUAUCACGACCCAGCACAAUUUACCAAUCCACCACCUCUAAGGCCACCCACACCAACUGGUAUCAAAAUCAUAGAAACAAACCAUAUAAAGAAGAGAACAUUAAAGAACAAAAAUUACAAAUAUUUAAAAAAUCUGAGACAAAAAACUAGAUUCAGAAAAUACUAUAAACAUCUGAAUAAACAAAGAAUACUAUUGACGGAACCUGUCCCACUAAAAACUCUAAAACCUAAAAGGACACCAUAUUCUCAACAACUCAAGAAAGAAAAAAGAGACGAGUUCAUAUCAAUCCAAUCAAUGAACAGUAGUCCGGGAAAGUAGUACAAUAAAAAAAAAAGAGAAGAAGAAAACUACAAUCAAGUAUUAGUUAUAGAACUUUAUGUAAACCUUUCAUAAUCUAAUUAAUUUUUUUAGAUAAAUCAAAUUUUACUAUAAAUUUUGUAUUCUACCACAUUAUUGUCUAGAAUUUAUAAAUUAUAUUUACC